CCCUGUAUUAUGUUAAUUUGGACUACAAAUGCAAGACGGUAUAUCAAAAAUUGUAAAAUUCUGUAAAGAUGGCUGACGCAGGAAUAUUAUUUGUAAUUGUAGUUAUUUCUUGUGGUGUAAUUGAGGCCGGACCAUUACACGGGAACACACCGCACGAACAUACACACACACAUAAAGUUAAAGAAUACCAAAUUACAGCGAACGUGAAGUCAGGUCAAGCUGAUGAUCCAAGCUGGUUUAUUUCCGAGAAGGACCGCAAAAAAGGAGUGGUCAAUUUGAUUGCGAGAGCCCUCGACAGAUACACCGCUCUAUAUGCGGACGGUGCGAAGCUGGCUUAUUCGCAUGGCUACAAAGGAUACACAAUACGCCACGUGACGGAGGGGAAUAGAACCGUAAUUAGUUACUUACCGAAAUGUAGGAUAGCAAGGCUGGAACAGUUACUGCUCGACUACACAGUACCGGCAUCAACCCCUGUGGAUGAAUACGACAAACAAGUAAUCACAUGCACGCUGAAAAAUUGCAAGAAACCAAGAGUACCAUCAGAGUGUUACGCAAAAGCAACGACUUCCAAACCCUAAGACUGAAAACUGAAAACUAUUCAGAGCUUUUUGAAGCAUAGUCCAGUAUGUGCUGAAUGGAAUGAUUAUAUAUACGAACAUUUACGAACAUUUUGUAUACAUCCUUUUUUCUCUAAAGGAUAAUGUUAACUCUGUGAAGUACUUUUUUCUUAAAAGUUUAUAUAGCAUUUCUAUAUUGUUUCUUUCACUCGUGCAAAAGCAGAUUGGUCCUUCACCGUGUUGAACACAUGACUGUUAAGGUUGAACACAUGUUUGUUCAGGUUGAACACAUGAUUGUUAAGGUUGCCAGUCACAUUUAAGAAAUAUGUUCACGACAUUUUUCACUUUUCCCAUAUUCUAUUGGAGAUUUAUUUAUUUUAUGCCUGAUUUUGCCUAUCUAUGUAAUUGUUGCCAAGAUAGUUGAAAAUAAAUGAAUUUCCAAGCUACA